AUGGAUGUGAUGCCCCCCCAAUCAAGCGUACAUGAGAAGACCGUCGUCGAGGGAUCUGAGACAUUGGCGAAGCUCAGUCCAAGUAUGCUUGAUCAGCCGACAUCCGAGGAAGUAUCUGCUACCACACAGGCAGCCAUCAUACCUGACGGUGGAUUGCAGGCUUGGCUGUCCGUUUUUGGAGGAUGGCUUGUGUCGUUCUGUACGUUUGGGUUCGCGAGCUCGUUCGGAGUGUUUGAAGCAUACUAUGUCAACGCGGGCACAUCGUCUUCGUCGAAUAUCAGCUGGAUAGGCUCCCUUCAGCUGUUCUUCCUGUUUGUUCUGGGGUUUCCCGCAGGCAAGCUCUUCGAUGAAGGAUACUUCCGCCUCGAGAUGGCAGUUGGGACAAUUCUCGUCAUCUUUUGCAUGAUGAUGCUCUCCCUCGCAGACCCGAUGAAGUACUACCAGAUCAUCUUGUCCCAAGGCAUCGGCAUUGGCUUCGGGUCUGGCUUGCUCCUGGUCCCCGCGCUCUCCGUUCAAUCUCACUACUGGCGCCGUCACCGUUCCCUCAUGAUGGGCCUCGUGCUCAGCGGCGCUUCUUUUGGGGGUAUCGUUUAUCCAAUCAUGCUCAACCAGCUCUUCAAAAGCAUCGGCUUCGCGUGGGGUGUGCGCGCCGCGGGGUUCAUCACGCUUGGAAUGCUCGUCGUCGCAAAUUGUGUGCUCCGCACUCGCCUACCGAGCGCGAGGCAGCGGCGGAAGGCUGCUGGCGGAAAUGACCUUCCGAAGCCAAAAAUACGGGACAUCCUGACAGACGCUCCGUAUCUGUGGUUGAAUGUUGGCGCCGUUCUCUGUCUUCUAGGCGUGUUCCUACCCUAUUUCUACCUUCAGCUAUGGGUCAACAAACACAGGCUUUCGGAGACGCUCGCGUUCUACACGAUCGCGAUCCUCAAUGCGUCCUCAAUCAUCGGUCGGACAAUUCCUAACGCCAUCGCUGACCGCGUAGGAACCCUCAACAUCAUCACGCCCCUCGCGGGAAUAACCGGUGCGCUGGUCUUCGUCAUGUUCGCGGCGACAACUCCCGGAGCCGUCAUCGUCUUCACCAUUCUGUAUGGGGCAUUUUCGGGUGGUCUCAACGCGAUGUGCCCGCCCGCAUUCGCUUCUAUGUCUCGAAGCCCUGAUGAAAUUGGCAUUCGUAUAGGCUUGGGAUACUGGUUCUGUGGGUUCGCAAUGCUCACAGGGUCCCCCAUCAGUGGCGCGCUCUUAGGCCCGCAAGAUGACUGGACGAAGCCGAUCAUCUUCAGCGGUGUUGUUAUGCUCGCAGGCACUGUGUGUCUAGGAUACGCUAGGGUACUCGCUGUAAGGAGGAAAGGAACACAGCGAGUUUGA